UUCUCCGGACAUGGCCGCUAUUUCGGCAAUACAAUACUUGCUAUGUUUUGUAAAUUCUUAUUUAUAAAAUGAAUGAAGUGGUUUGUACUCUUACGUAGUGUUUAGUGGAUUGUGUGAAAUUCUGUGAUAACUGUAAUGGAUGCAGAGAACGAGCAAGCAAUAAAGAAAGUUCAAGAAAUUCAAACGAUUCAGUCGAUGAUCGACGUUUCAGCUGAUAGACUUGAAGGUUUGAGGACACAAUGUUCCACCAGCGCCGAGCUGACGCAGCAGGAGAUCCGGACCCUGGAGGGCAAACUCGUGAAGCACAUUUCCCAACAGUUGAAUAUAAAAGCUCAUUUGGGUGAGGAGCUGCUGAGGGGACUGAGGGAUGUUCCGAACUUGUCACAAUGGCUCAGGGUCGUCGGCCUCAGCCCUGAGUCCAUUGAGGCGGUGUGUUCCCGAGUACCAACAUUGGAAGCGCUUAGACAGCGUUCAGACCAUGAGCUCGGCGCCUUACUGCCGGCCGCGCGGGACGAGGAAGUCAGGCGGCUGUGUCGCGCCAUGCACCGGUUGCAGACCUAUACUGAGGCGUUAUUCCGAGGCGAGGGCGAGGCGGAGUACCAGCUGUUCUGGGACUCGUGGGAGCGCCACGAGCGGCACGCGCGGGGCUCCCCGCGCCCGCGGCCGCGCCCCCGGGGCUCCGUGCCGCACGACGACCACCCCACCUCGCUGCAGUGCACUCCGCACCAUGCCAGAGGUGGGGAAUCCCCUACAACGCCGGUGGGCCAGCGCAAGCAGAACUCCACUCUUCCACCUCCAGCGGCGCUAACGAAGUCAAGGUCACACGAGUCUCAGCUGUCGGUCAGACCUGACGGGUGUGAGAUCGGUGAGCCCGGCCCGUCGCGCAGCCCGCCCGCGUCGCCGCGGGAGCCCGACCACGUGCCGCCCAUGGCCCGGCCGCCCGCCUACUACAACCACCAGGCGGGCGGCGCGCCGCGCUCGCCGCGCACGCCGCCCGUGGGCCGCUGCAUGGCGCACGACAUCGCGCACCGCUUCACCAAGACCUUCAACAUGAUCGCCACCUGCGACUACUGCGACAAGCAGAUGCUGUUCGGCUCCGGGCUCAAGUGCAAGGAGUGCAAGUUCAAGUGUCACAGAGACUGUGAAAGCAAAGUUCCUCCAUCGUGUGGCCUACCACCGGAGUUUGUGGCUGCGUUCAAAGACAAAUUCCAUAAAGACGAAGUGCAACCAGCCGUGUCUAGUCCGAAUCACUCGGGACACCCGCCGCAUCACUCGAACUCUAAUCACACGCAACACUCGCGCGUGUCGGAGAAUGAUGAGCUAACGGCCAGCGUUAGGAGUGAUGGUUCUCGUGGUGUCUCACUGAGCGGGUCGGGCUCCACGGACAGCAGCGGCGCCAUCCGCGGCGAUUCACUCGACCACGGCAAAGAUGGCGAUUCAAGAUGGCCGCGGCAGAAUAGCUUAUCAAUAAAAGAAUGGGACAUCCCAUACGACGAGUUGAAACUAUUCGAGAUAAUUGGCACGGGCCGCUUCGGCACCGUCUACCGGGGCAGCUGGUACGGGCCGGUGGCGGUGAAGCUGAUACACGUGCACUCGCUCAAGAACGACUAUGUGCCGCUGGAUACCUUCAAACAUGAGGUUGCAACGUUUAGGAAAACGCGUCACACGAAUCUCCUUCUAUUCAUGGGCGCGUGUAUGAAACCUCCUCGGCUGGCUAUAGUGACGGCAUUGUGCACAGGAAACACGCUGUACACUCACAUCCACCUGCGCAAGGACAAGAUCACAGUGAACAAGAGCUGUUUGAUCGCGCAGCAGAUAUCUCAGGGUAUGGGAUACCUUCACGCGCGUGGCAUCAUCCAUAAAGACUUGAAAACCAAAAACAUCUUCAUUGAGAACGGAAAAGUGGUCAUCACGGACUUCGGCCUCUUCAGCGUCACCAAACUUUGUUUCGGCAACAACGCCCGCGGCGACAGCCUGGGCAUCCCGCCCGGCUGGCUGUGCUACCUGGCGCCCGAGCUGGUGCGCGCGCUGCGCCCGCACGCCUCGCUGCACCUGCCCUUCUCCAAGCAGACCGACGUCUACGCGUUCGGGACGGUGUGGUACGAAAUACUUUGCAACGAGUUUCCCUUCAAGGGUCAGCCGCCCGAGGCCAUCAUCUGGCAGGUCGGGAAGGGCGUCAAACAGUCGCUGGCCAACAUGCAGAUUUCCAGGGAUAUCAAAGACAUCCUGAUGCAGUGCUGGUCGUACCGCGCGUCAGAACGGCCGGACUUCCCCCACAUAUUCAGUAUGGUGGUGAAGCUACCACAGAAGAAACUAGCGCGCUCCCCCUCGCACCCCGUGCAGUUGUCGCGAUCUGCCGACUCUGUGUUCUGAAAAAGACUGAUCAGCGCCGGGUUGGUGCCGGAGCGGUGUGAGAAGAAAUCUUGUGAUUUGCAAGUUUUUGGUGGCAGCAGUGGGAUCAUGUAUGAUGGAACUGCAGUGCAAUAGUCAUAUGAAACUAGUUUACAGCCAGUCGUCGGUGUGACGGUGGGAAGAACUGUGUAAUGGGCAGUUUAGUGACGAUGAAGUAUUAAAGAGCAGUGUGUGAUGAGUGUGUCGACAAAAUUUCAAGAUUUAAUAGAAUUAUCAAUUAAGUGAUGGGGUCGUUUAACGAUUAAUGAACAAUGGGGCUGGUAAAUAGCUUUUAUAAGGAAUAUAUCCUUCUAUCACUCUUUGGUUCGAUAGAAAGCCCUUAAGUGACAUAUGAUUUAUCGAAAAUUUGUGAAAAGACCUGGUUGUAAAGGGAAUGAAUAAACAUCCUUAAAGAUUUGAGGAACCAGUUUUGACUUACUGACUGCAGAACAAUUUGUGGGAAUUUCUCACUAUAUGUUAUGAUAGUGAUUAAAAUAUCAAAAUUGUUGAUUGCCAAGUGAAAUUGAGAAGAAAAUAUUGUCAGAUUUUAAUCCUUUUUAGAUGAUGAAGCAUUAAGAAAAAUUAUAUGCUACAAUGUAAAUUGUAAUAUACUGAUACUGUAAAGUAUAAUUUUAGUUAUUUGUUAUGCGAAUAAAACAUAUGUUUUAAAACAUAUUCAUGUAUUGGCUAAUCUUCCCAAUUUUAAAUGAAAUUUAAUUAAAUAUUGUAUUCAAUACUAAGUGUAAAAAUUAAUUUAUCGAAUUUGGGUAAAUUAAAUUAUAUUAAAAAAGAAUUAAUUAAUUUUAUAUAACCUCUUUGUCAAAUUUUUGUUUCAAUAUUGUUUUUUUUUUAUCAGUGUUGAUACAACAUGUAAUCUUAAAUAUAAAUAAAUAGAUAUUGUAAGUGAACUUGAUCUCUGUUUAAUCGAUAGAUUAUAUUUUCGUAUUUUGAUGAUGACGUGAAAGUAGAUUUGUUGAUGAUGUUGUAAAUAAUGUACAGUGUUACGAAACGAUGCUGUGAUUGCGAUCGGCGCCGCCGAGCUGCCCCAUUGCAAAGCGGACUAUAAAUAAAUUAUAAGACUUUUAAUAAACUUAAUUUUUAUGAUUUUUUUUUGUGGCACAAUAUUUUUGAGGUAUAUUAACUAUAUACUUUUCUAACGUUAGAUAUGAAAUUAUAAGUUUUAUUGAAAUAAAAAAUUUAAUGUAAAUUAUAAUGCAAUAAUAUUAAAAGUAUGGUAAAACAAGUGUAAUACACUAAACAAGACCAUACACUUAGCCAUUUCCAGCAUGCAAAAUGUUGAUAUAAUUUAAAAGUCAUUGAUGUCUGUUUCCGAUGCAAGCAUUGGACUACAGAGCCAAUAUCUUCUGAUUCCCAGUUCAUACAGAACAAAGUUACACGGGUCAAAUAUCUCUGCAGGACACUAUAUGUAAAAAAAAUCCGCUUUGCCUUUGGCGCAGCGAGACGCGCAUAACUCUCGCCUGUAUAGUAAAAAAAAACUUCAUGUUCUUGUCUAUUCUAUAUAAAAAAAUAUCUUAUUAUUUAUUAGAGUACAAAAAUAAU